CGUGCUUUCUGGCAAAAGUAGGUUACAAAAAGGUGCGGGUUGGUUUCUAGGGAGACAGAUAAGGGGAACAGUCCUGUGAGGAAGAUGUGAAAACGAGAUCUUCUCAGGAAAGUAUGAGAGAGAAGACAGAUGAAAAUAUGGUGAAAGAUCUCUCUGAUUUGUAUGAUGGAAGGACCGGGAAAGGAGAGAUCCAUAUGCAGCUCUAGACCCUUCCCAUGGCUCGGUCACCCCAAAACAGAGGCUUCAACCCUGCUAUGGAAACUCAAAGACUGCUUCCCCACCAAAGAGACAACUUCCGCUUCUCCCACAGAUAGAGAAAACAAUUUCAUGGACAGCAGAAAGGCUGUGCUGGAACUGAAAGAUGUCCCUCCUCCUCCGCUGCACCAUACUUCCUCCUCCCAAUCAUCCCAGCCCUUCUCUCUGGUCCCCCUCCCCAUGCCUCCUUCCUGCUUGCCUCCUCCUCACCUUACACAAGACUCCCUCCAACAAAAACCACAGCAGCAACAAGAGGGGGCUAGCCCCAAAGUAAGCAUUUACACAACCUGUGACUAUUGCAGCACAGAUGGCUAUGGGUUAUUAGGUGGUGGAAGUGCUGUUGGUAGCAGUAGCAGCAUUGCUGGUGUUGUCUCGCUCUAUAUGGCCCCAGAUUCUCUGGGAGCAUCCAGCAGCAUUAGCAGGUCUGGCCCUCUCUGCUCUCUAGCCUCAUCUGUUCAUCAGUAUAAACAUCACACGAGUUGUGGUGGUGAAGUUCUUGAUCCUUUGCCCACACUUGGUUUCAAACCUCAGCUGUCCUCUUCUGUUGCUACCUCUCAGCCGGUUUCAUCACACCCCUACCUCUCCUGCUGUUCAGGGCUUCUCCAAAACUACCCAGCUGUACCUCUUCCGUGCAGUCAACCCAGCCUGUUUCCCUCCUCAGCACUUCUGGUUUCCUCUCUACCCGCUCCCUUGCAUGCCUCUUGCCUGGCCUCUUCAGGCUACUACACCUGCGGUGUCGACUGCUGCCCGUCAGCCAGAAGACCCCAGAGAAGCACACUCGGUGAUCACCCAACCACCACCACCAUCACCACUACCACCACCACCACCUCAGCACACUUCUGCUCUAAUCCUAUGCACCUAAAUGUAGAACGCACGGUUUGUGUGACGGGGGCGCACUACUGCCAGGAGUGCCUGUUUAAGCCCAUGAAUGGUCUGGUGUCGGAGUCAGACACGGUGUGGCCCAACGUUCCUAUUCCCCAGACUACUCCUAUCCCAAUCCCCAUUUGUAAUGGCUGUGGCUCGUCCUCUGACAGCAUGAUGCUCAUGCCGACAGGCAGCCUUGGCAAGACUGGCCAGAAGUAUGGUUCUCCGGAGAAUGGGGGUCCUGAGAACAUCCCUCCGGUGGGUGUCUUCUGGGACAUUGAGAACUGCAGCGUGCCCAGCGGACGCUCUGCUGGAGCCGUGGUCCAGCGUAUUCGUGGCCGUUUCUUUCAGGGCCACCGUGAGGCAGAAUUCAUUUGCGUCUGUGAUAUCAGCAAGGAGAAUAAAGCUGUCAUCCAAGAGCUCAACAACUGCCAGGUUACUGUCGCACAUAUCAAUGCCACCGCCAAGAAUGCUGCAGAUGACAAGCUUCGCCAGAGCCUGAGACGCUUCGCUGAAACGCACACUGCACCUGCAACCGUUGUCCUAGUAUCCUCGGAUGUGAACUUUGCAAGUGAGCUGAGUGACCUGCGUCAUCGGCAUGGUUUCCAGGUAAUCCUGAUCCAUGGCAACCAUGCAUCUUCAGCCCUACUGCAGCACGCCCACCGCCACGUGGCCUUCCAGGAGAUCACAGCUGACCUACCGCCACGUAUGCUUGUCAAAGCACAGACAGGCGCGCUGUCUCUUCCUCCCCUCCCUCAGCCCAGUUUCAACCUCCUCUAUGUGCACAACCUCCCUGUCAACUGUGACAAGAGCCUGCGGAACGCUGUGAAGCUCAGGCUGCGCCGCCUGUCAGACAACUGUGGUGGCAAGGUGCUGGGCAUGUCCCAGGGCACAGCAGUCCUCCGUUUUGGCAGCAAUGAGGCAGCUGCGCGUGCCCGCAAGCGAAUGGAAAAUGAGGAUGUGUUUGGCCACCAAAUCAGCCUCUCCUUCUCCCCACGGCCCAGAGACGAUGCAAGUCCUGAGCCUGAGCUUCAGUCUCGGCCCCAUCACUUGCCGCAGCCUAUGACUCUGCCCCAGACCUAUCAGAGCCAGGAUUCAAUGUUUGGCCCACCCCCAUCCAUAUCCUCGUUCUCCUUUCUUCCCCUGGAGAAGCCCAGGUCACCCAGGAGGCCACGGCGAGCAACCCGCCCGUGCCACGCCCCUGGCCCAGAGCCUGAAAGGCCCUACAGCCCCAGGAGGGGGUGCAGUGGGCCUCCCGGUGGUGCUCCAGCCAAGCCCCAUCAGGAGCUGGGUAGUUUGGAGGGCAAGCCCAGAAUAGGCUCCCACCACCUGGAGAAAGGACGUGCUGCCUCCUCUUCCCCCCACAGUAAUGGUGAGACAGGAUCCCUGGAGCAGCUGCCCAAGCCUGGCCUCGCUGGAGAAUCUAUAUACAGGAGAAGAAGAGAAGGCUCCUAUUCCCGCAGCGUGACAGAAUCCCCUGUAGAAGGGGACAGGAGCUCAGGGGACUUCCAGAUCAGCACACCCUCCGCCUUCAGCACGUUAAACCUGCACAGGAGCUUCAGUCCCCUCAUCUUGUCCCAGGGCUCCUGGUCAUCCAGGAGUGCAUCACCCUGCCUGUCCAGCCGGUCCUCGCCCCUCCUGGCUGCCCCUCGUAGUCCGUGUCCCGAAGGUCUUCCUGAGCCUUUCUCAGAUGGGGCAGAGCUCCAGGUGGCCAACCUGGACUACAGAAUGUCCCGCAAGGAUCUGCAGCAGACUCUGCAUGACACCUUCUCACGUUAUGGACGGGUAAAAGCUGUGGAGCUUAGCCCCCACACUGACUAUCAGCUGAAGGCCACAAUCCAGAUGUGUUCCCUGCAGCAGGCCAUAAGUGCCGUGAGUGGUCUGCACCGCUAUAAGAUCGGAGGCAAGCGCAUUCAGGUGUCUCUGAUCACCGGUGGCUGCAACAAAUCCCUUGCUAUGCUCAGCACCGAGAUCAUCAACAUUCUUCAAGAUGCACCUGCCAAUUGCCUUCCUCUCUUCAAGUUUACAGAGAUCUAUGAGAAAAAAUAUUCCCGUAAGCUUCUGGUUGGGGAUCUGUACAGGCUACCAGAGGUGGUGGCAGUGCGGGAACAGGGAGGCUCAAGGCUUGUGUGUCUACUGUCCAGCAGCCAAAUCCGUCAGAGUCCACUGGGAUCUUGCCAGUCGCAGGAGGCCUCUUCCUCUGCUAGCGGCAGCCCUGUGGUGUUUGAGGAGCUCGAGUACCAUGAACCUGUCUGCAGAGAACACUACACACAGCGGGACUUCAGUGAGGCUGACUUUGACCCUGACUCCUAUAAAAUACCUUUCGUUGUGAUGAAUCUGAGGACCUUGGCAUCUGAGGUCCACAGCCUGCUGCAGUCACAUGAUGGAACUCUUCCAUUACUCAGUUUUCCAGACUGCUAUGCUGCAAAAUUCAGCCCUCUGCAGCUGGGCAAUGAGACACUGGAGGGCGGUGUUCCUCUGGAGCACCUCAUCACAUGUGUUCCCAGUAUCACAAUAGUCACAGCUCAGAAUGGCUUCAAAGUCAUCAAGUGGAUCCACAACAAACCACCAGCACAAAACUCUGAGCCCUGGAUUCAGCGCUGCAAGAGUCCGGUUGGCAACCCACAGCUCAUCCAAUUCAGCCGAGAGAUUAUCGACCUGUUGAAGAGUCAGCCUUUCUGCAUCAUGCCCAUGAGCAAGUUCAUACCCUCAUACCACCAUCACUUUGCCAAGCAGUGCCGUGUCUCUGACUACGGCUACUCCAAACUGCUGGAGCUUCUGGAGGCUGUGCCACAUGUCCUGCAGAUUUUGGGCAUGGGUACCAAGCGUUUACUGACUCUGACUCAUCGAGCUCAAGUGAAGCGCUUCACCCAAGACCUGCUCAAACUGCUUAAAUUUCAAGCCAGCAAACAAGUGGCAAUCAAGGACUUCAUGCAGGCAUACCAUUGGUGCUUCUCCCGAGACUGGAGGGUAAUCGACUAUGGCAUAUGUGACCUGAUGGACCUGCUUACGGAGAUCCCAGACACCACCAUCACUGUCGUAAAUCAGGACACGGACACAGUCAUCUCUGUUCCCAAGAGAGAGCGUACGGUAGAUGAGAUGGAGCGCACAAAGCAGUUUGGAAAGGAAGUGGUGGACCUUCUUCGUCACCAGCCUCACUGCCGAAUGGCCUUCAGUAAGUUCAUCCCCACCUACCACCAUCACUUCGGCCGUCAGUGCAAGCUCAGCUACUACGGCUUCACCAAGCUCAUGGAGCUCUUCGAGGCGAUCCCCAGCAUACUGAUGGUGUUGGAGUGUGGAGAGGAGAAAGUGCUGACUCUGACGGAAGUGGAGCGCAUCAAGGCUCUGGCGGCUCAGCUGGUCAAGCUGCUUCGUGCUCAGAAAAACUCCAGCCUUCCUGUCAGCCAGCUGCUCACGGAGUACAGCAAGACCUUUGGUUAUGGUCUCCGCCUGCAGGACUAUGAUGCCAGCUCCCUGCCGGCUCUGCUGACCAAACUCUGCCAUGUUGUCAAGGUGGUGGAUGGCUCGGGUUGUCGGGAAGUGCAGUUGAUCAACAGGAAGUCUUUGCGCUCGCUGACCUCCCAGCUGCUGUCUCUGCUCAUGUCCCAAGAGGAGGAGCAAGUCACCCGGGGGCUCAGAGUGGAGGAGGUGAGCCUGCAUUACCUGACUGUCCAUGGAGCUCCGCUCACCCCAUGUGAAUAUGGGUUCCUCUCACUCAGCGAGCUACUCAAGAGCCUGCCCUACCUUGUGGAGUUGUACAUUGACGAAAGUGACGACAACACCGCUUGCAACGCUGCCAGUGGUUGUGGUGAGGAGUGGGUGAGGCUGACCAGGCUUUACCAGUUCGCUCGUAACGUACGCAGCCUUCUCCACACCUACCAUUACAACCAGAUCUUCCUGACGGAGUUCCAGGGGGUUUAUAACAAAUUUACAGGCUGCAGCCUCGAACCACGUUUCUACGGAUACACCAGCACUGACGAGCUGCUCAGCGCCAUUCCACAGGUGGUCUGGAUCAAAGGGCACGGUCACAAGAGGAUUAUCGUUUUGAAGAACGAUAUGAAAGCAAGGGCAAGCCCUUCAGUCCCCUGCAGCCCGCAGCCCGGAGAGAACACUGAGAGCCCGAGAGAGAGCCCGAUGAGCUACACAACUUCUGGAACCCAAAGUCCAGGCUGCGACGGAGCCGCAGAAUCGGAGCUGCUGGGUCUGACAUCACCCGUCGACCUGCUGUGUGGUCCUGUACCAUCCUGCCUCCCGUCACCGCAGCUCUACCCAGACCCUGUCCUCCUCCAGGAGACGGACCUGAUUCACUUUGAGGAGAAAGCUCCACCCACAGUGAGCGAUGACCCCGACGCUGCAGCGGUUGCCGACGGCACAGACGAUUCUGCAGUCACCAAACCUGACAUGAAGCUCCCCUUGUCCGUGGACAGUCCCAGCAGAAGAGCCACACGCAGCAGAAUUAAGCUGGCGGCCAACUUCUCCUUCACAACAGGCCUCUGAUCCUUUUCAUACACGCACAAAGUGAUACUAGUUCACACAUAGUGUAACUCUAAAUCCAAGAGUUGAGCGGCUACACUGAACACAUUACACAGAAGUGACCCCAGAGGAGCAUUAGUGUUGUCCCACCUUCAUCCCUAACAACAGGCUGCUGCUUUCUUCUUAAUCACUCAUCGGCCAUCUUUGUUCUCUUUUUGUUUGCAUCUUUCACAAUCGGUGUGUUCUUCCGAUGAUGUUCACCAAGCUGUGACUUUCUUCUUGCAGAUUUUCUGCAAUUCUUUAAUUUGCCAAAUUCAUCUACUGUGACCUGUGUUUGAUUUCACCUCGAGGGAAGUUAAAUUAGAUUUCAGUGUGCAUCUUCAGUUCAGAGCCACGCUGUGUCAUCUCGCUGGCUUCCUGAUGAAUGCAGAGUCUAAACAUGAGUUGCUUGCCACUGCAUACAGAGUGUUAGGUAAUGGGAGAAAUGCUACGGGUGAGUAACUAAGUUUUCUAUGUUAAAUCCAACAAAUGUAGUUUUCUCAGAUUAUACAUUUGACAAAUAACAGAAGGUUGACAGACAUGCUUUGAUCAUGCAGCAUAUUGAGAAACCUUCAUGUAUGCUUCCUUGCUCUAUCCCCAAAGACGGAGCAUUUUUUCAUUUUUAAACUCCUUUCAAAUUUUGUGAGACUUUGCUUUGUAGGUAACUGUAGACAUGUCAACAAAACGGGCCGCUAAGCACCUGCCCGUUUCAUUCUUUCAGUCUUCUCUUGGGUAAGAGGGAGCUUCUUUUUGAGGUAUAUUCUCGUCUUUUUGCUCCGUUAAGUAGCCUCAGGACAGUAUUUUCAGUUCCUUUUUAAUAUGAUGCAGAGUAUUUAGUAGUCUGUGGAAGAGUUUGGCCUAAAUGUUUGUAUUUGGUGGCAAUUCAAUGACGGGACUGAAAAUUAGUGUUAAACCUUUCAGAUUUGUGGCUUUUUAAUGGAAGUAUACACAUCAACGGUGAGGUUUAGAUUGAUAUUGCGACAAGCACUGCUCUCAGGAAUUUUUUUAUUCUUGUUGUACUUUGACCUAAUUUAUUGAAAAGAUUUUGGCUCGUCUCUCCAGGGCCACUACUGAAGGCCUGAAAGGGAGGUGUGGCUCUACUACUCGGGUCCGAUGUGUGCUGAGGCAGCAGGAACUGAGAUCGAAUGUUCAGCUUUAACCAGCAGCCAGCGUGUUUGUGUUCUUUUUUUUUUAGCUGCGUUUUGUCUGCGUGUGUGGUUUACACUGAAGUAGGUGGUGUGAAAUAUGCAUGGUGUGCAUAAAUGAGUUUAUGCAUGGUGUAAGCCCAGGAGGAGCAGACAAGGAACAGACGACGGUAAGACAUUUCUUUAAGAUCAGACUUUUAUUUCCACCAUGUUUUAAGGGAUCUUAGAGUUGGCGUCACCGCUUGUAGUUGCCACAUAAACGCUCAAGGUUUUUAGAGAUAACCUUGUUGCUGGUACGUCUGUGGUGAUGUCCACUGCCUGAGUUGAAAGCGUUCAAGGGGAGUAGUGAGCACUCCUGAGUUUUUGAUUUUUAAUGACGAGGUGAUUGGUUGUGAGAUUGUAGUGAAAUAAGAUGGGUCAGGAGGCGGUGGGCUGUUUUGUGGAGCACCACGGGGGCUCUGGGUGGCCUCCUGAAGAGACUGAUGUGCACACAGAGGACCCUCUGCGGCUCUCUGGAAUCUGCCAGGCUUUUACAAUGGCUUGUAUUUGCCGCGGUGCCGAAAGAAUCGCCAUCCUGUAUCCCCCCCCAUCCCUCACAUCUUGCAUAGAGGAGUUUUUACUUACUGAUGUGUGUUGGGUUCUCCGUUUUCCUCUGUCUCAAGUGUUUAUAAGACUGCUGGCUGCUAAAUUGCCACCAAUUAAUGUCGGCUGCCGCGAAGUUUGGCACAACCGAGGCGCCGCUGAAGUCUAUAAGGGUUGUUGUGUUCAGGGAAAAGGUUAAUAAAAAAAAUGGGUAAGAGCCCAUUUAAUGAGUUUCAGCGUUUACCUUCUUUAGCCAGUGUUGGCAGUGUUGAUAGUUUUCUUUUUCAGACUUGGUUUUGACUUUGUAUAAAAAGCAUUUAAAGCUGAGAGAUUCCACCUGCCAACUCUCCAAGAUGUCUGAAAUGCGGAUCAAAAAUGUUUUUAAUUAUGGCUGUUAGGGUUCACCUGCAUUGUUUUACGGACUGUCUGGAAACCUCUUUAAAUUAAGGAACAAGCAGCUCAGAAUAUUUAAUGAUUUAAAAUUGGUAAUGAGAGAAAGGGGCUGAAAAUGCUCCACAAGAAAUGUCUGUUUAACUUCGGCAGCAAGGCUGUAUUACUUUUUGUGACUAUGAGCAAACCCUAGCUCUCCCUCCAGCACUGCAGUGGCAAUUUACUCAGAUGAACACAUUUAACUUCUGUUUUGGUUACAUCAGUGAGAAGCUAUUGUACCUGUCAAAAUAUGCACUUUUGCAUAGUUUUGGUUCAUGAACUAAUGUGAAAUUAGGUAAGAGGACUGGGAGAUGUUGAAACAUGUUUUUGUGUCUGUUAAACUGUAUCUGACCUUGUCUGUCUUACUCGGUUCUCACAUUGCACUACAGUUCAAGAAAAUGUUUCCUUUAUUCAGCAGUGUCCUUAAAACUCCUGCCUUGUGAUUAUUUUUUGUUUAGUCCCCCUGAUGUGUACCCCCUCCCCCCUCUUAUACUGCCUCACCGCACCAGAAGUCGCUGAUGAAGUCUAAUGUUGUUGAAGUGACCAAAAAAUAGAUUUCUGUUUAAUAAAUUUCACAAGCAUCAA